AUACGGAGCCUUGCAGCCGCCUAAAAGGCAACUCGCAUACUCUCGAACAGUUCUCGGCAGUGGUGGGCCUUCGUAUCCUCGCUCGUGCACCUAGUCGAGUGGUUCUUGCAACAAACAGCCAUCUGGGUUUUUGCCGGCAGUCGCAGGCAAUACGCUAUUCGCUGCUCCUCGAAUGCGCUACGCUGUCCCGCACUGAGUACACUAUACUCGAGACUAUACUCUAUAAAUAAUAGUUUUUUUUUAAUACGUCGGUUUAAAAUAAUUUGUUUACGAUAUUACUUCGCGUUGAUGUGCUGUGACUUUAGUGCUAAACUUUUGGAUUAAAAUUCAACGAGAAUUGAACCUGUUCUGUAGCCACACUGAGAUCGACUUUCCAGUAAUGGAGCUUCCCCUAACAUAACCCCACCAACUAGUUACAAAUCUACAAAACCCAAAUCAAAAAAAUGUUUUCGAACGCGACUGUGUCGUCGCGCAGCAGCUCCAGCAGGAGUGCCAACAGCUGCAGUCGAAAUUCUUCCAUGCCUUCGCUUCGCAUGCGCAACCCUCUGUCGCCGAAAACUUCCUACAACCCCCUCUUCAGGCACUCGGACGCACUAACGAGUUUCGAUGCCUCGCAUUUCGUGUUUCAAGAGCAGAAAAUCGAGAAAAUAAGGAGGAAAGACAAACAUCCAAUAUUGAGAAGAUAUAAUUCUCAUGAUUCUCAUACGAAUUUCGACAUUCGUAUAGAAGAAUCCAAGGAUUCGACACCAGAAUCGACGAAGAGUCGAAUAACGAGUUUAUCCGGAUCAGAUAAAUCAUCGAAUGAUAGGAAGAGGAAUAGGGAGUAUGAAACUAGAGACUUCUUGGAAAGAUAUUCCUUACCAAGGGUAGUACGAGUUGGUGAUAGUGAACCUUUGCUGCUGUAUAGGUGUUUUGAUAGUUUUACGAAAAUACAGGCCAGAGGAGUGCUUGGGAAAAAGGGAAAGGAGAAAAUUGAUGACAUCACCUUGCAUUUUCCUGAAGGGUUUUCAGGAUGGUUUUCUUUGACUAACGACAAAGGCGAAAGGAGUGCCAUAUGUCACACGUCAAUUUUACAUCUAGUACGUGAGCAAGUCUGUUCUUUUGUCAGCAUGCAGCCGUUCACGGCCUACGCUGCUCAUACAUCAGAAACGCAAGAUGGGAAGAUUCAGUACGUAAAAACGCAAGUAAGAGGGGGACAAUUAUUUCAAUUGAGGGCUGUUUUUCAACACAAGGAUAGGCCUGAUGAAAUGGGAGGGAGGAAUUCAACAAGGUCCUCCAGGAUAUCAAGGAAUAUUCGGGAUAAGGACCUCAAUAAUAGAUAUGCUCAACUAGUUAGCCAAAACAACCAGGAACUGUACGUCCAACUUACGACCAAAGGGGAAUUUUACGAAAUACACAGUUCAAUGAAGGCAAAACUAUGCUUUCCGGGGAUGUUGGACAAAACUGGACCUUUAGCUUUGGAUAAAGAUUGUCUUUACAAAAUCACUCAUCUAUUAAGACGAGUAGCAUUACCUUUACGAGUGAAACUAGUUCUGGGCACCUUACCGCCAGGCUUACCUAAAGAUUACACAGAAACUUUUAUCUUGGAGCGAAAAUUCCAAGAACCUCUUAUGGUGACCUGCACCCUCCCCCCUCCAACAGCAGACGCGAGACACCACAUAUCCUGCAUAAACAUCAAUUCCAACCUAAAAAUCUCCAAAUGUGCUUUGGGUUUUGAUUCCGAAAACAGAUUAUUCAAAUCGCAACGUCUACAGGCAGCCUUGGCUUUCUGUCACAAAAACGUGGAAAACUGGUAUAGAGAGGUGAGGUUGGAAGCAAAUUUAAAACCCCAAGAAGAUGCGAAUUUGAAAGAUGAGUGUUCUGAGUGUGUUAAAGUCGAUAGUCUUUGUUUGGAGCACGAAGUAAAACCAGCGAUGGAAGAAAUAUACUCUGACAAACAGAUUAUCACCAAGGAAGCGCUAGAAAAGUUUCCAAAGCCGAAAAAAUGGUAUAAGCAUUUUAAGUUUCUUGGAGGAAGUGAUACUCAGGUGAAGUACCCUGAUCUUAAAGACCCCAUGGAAGGGAUUGAGAAAGGAAAAAGUAUAGAACGCUACAAAGAUAUGUCGAAAUUGAUUGAAGAGAAGUUUGGUAAAAAGAGUUAUAACCCUGUUAAAAAAUCGGCCAGUUUUAUGUUCUCAACUAAAAGAAUCGAUUUGGAGGAAAUGCCGCAAAAAAAUAAUGCUGCUUUAUUGAAAUGUCAAAGUUUGGAUACUCAGUUGAGUACAACAGGUGCUUACAGCCACCAUAAUAGAAGAAACUCCAAAUCAAACGAAUCUGAUAGUUUAAGCUACGAUUUUCAGAUGUGUAUAUUAGAUAAUGAUAAUAGUUUGGUGGAAAAUAGGAAACACAAUAGAAUCAGGAGUGAAAAUGACUUAAGGCAUCGAAGUUUCAAAAUAACCGAAAUCAAUUUAGACGAAAUAAAACCUGUUGAAAACAAAAUGAAGAAAAAUAAACCAGAUUUAAUACCCACACUACCAAAAGAUGACGACAACUCUUUCAUCACGGAAAGACUUUGUUCCGAAUUCCACGUCAAAACGAAAAUACAGAAGAAACCCUUAAGGCAUAGCGGCCGCUUCCAGCAAACCCCCUUAACAAUUUUCAACGAAGAUCACAAAAAAUCUGUGACCGUACAAAUCCACGAGGCAAAACCUCCCAACAAAAAAACCGUUAAAUCGCAAUUUAACUUAGAAGACGUCCCGUAUAGUCACGUGGCCGACCAAGUGUCAGACCUACCUUCGGGUACGAAAGACGAAAACAUUUACGCGGAAAUAUGCGAAACCCGGCCCUGUCAAUGUGAUAGCAAACUGUGCACGUGCAGCAAAAGAACUAACAGUGAAUAUUGCUACGUCAAAUUGGGCUCGAACGGCGACUCGGUCACUCAGUCAGACUCUGACGAAGCCAUUUACAACACCUUAAGAUAAAAUUGUAUGUUCUAUAUUAAUAAAUUGUAUAUUUUUGUAUAUAUCCUGUAUUCUGUAAUUAUUUACUCUAUUUUAAUUUAAU